ACGGAACUGGCUCUUUAAAAAAAAAACCUAGCUAUGGAUGAAGUAACUCCUGUUUUGGCUAAAUUUAAGUAUGAAGUAGCCUUACUUAAUAAAUUAUUACAAGAUUCCAAAGAUGACAACAGUUGUUUCAAUACUUUUCAACAACUAGAGGCCAAGAUGAGAAUGUCAGGUUUAUCUACUCUUCUUCUACUUAAGUCUAUGACCUUGCAUUGUUCCUCCUUAAUUGCUUUAAAGAAUUUGAUGAAGCUGUUUUUAAGGCGGACUUCACAGUUGAUGUGCGAAAUGGACCUGAUACAAAAUAGUAGCCUUGCAAGUGAAACAUUGAAGAUUAUGAAAGGAUUUUGGUUUCUUUGUUCAAGCCAACACACUGCAUUAUCCGAACAUGUAUGUUACAAGUUCAGCCCAGAUUUUUAUGAAAUACUACCUUCUCUGGCAUCCCUCUACAUAGACUUGUUCAUUUGUACUUACAAAUCUAAAGAGAAAACAAAGAAACAUGUCAGGAGGCUGUAUAGUUUUCUGGCCUUUGAAUUGAAUGAAAGAUGUUUAAAGACAGCACUUCUCGAAGCUUCAGAGUGCACAGCAGCUGGCGGAAAGCUAAUAUUGCCAAUUUUGAGAAAAUUAUUAUCUGAGACUACGGGGAUCUCUAAAAAUAACAUGGAUUACCUUCUUCAUUUUAUACUGCUAAAGCAUUGGCUGUUUGUAUGUGAUGACAUAAAAGACAUUGCUCAGGACUGCUUAAGAAUCAAAGCUCCGAAGAGUUUUCUAGAAUGGUUGUGCCAACGGUGGCUUCAAGCUAAACACCAUGUACCACAGGACAAGAGCUUAAAAGGUCGUCGUGUCAGUGAGUUGAUGCUGGAACUUGACUCACAAGCUGUUGAGGAAUUGAUUGAUGUGUUUGCUCAAUGUUUGUCAUCACCUGAGACUAAAGUGAUUGAAAACAUGGAAGCUGAAAGCAUGACAGCACCAGAAAAUCUGUUUGUCAUAGAUAAAAAAGGCGAUUCCUCUCAACAGAUUCAAUCUGAUAAAAAGCAUUUGACCUCAAAGAGAAAGAGGGAAAGCUCAGAAAGUGAUGCAAAUAACGUGUUGACAGUAGAGGAGAUAAAUGGUGAUGAUUCAGAUUUCUGUAUAAUUUCUCUAGUUGAUGAUGAUGAUAAAAUCCCCAAAAGCAAGAGACCAAAGCUAGGGGAGGGAACUACAGAUCAAGGGGAGGGAACGGAUGUUGAGUAUGUUGAGCCAGAAGAUGUUUCACUGACUCAUAAGGCAUCGGCAGUUUCUGAAAAGAAAAAUGCAGGAAAAGACAAAGUCAUAGAUGUAUAUGACAUUGAUAACGACUCCGAUGAGAGUGUUAAUCUUCCUGACAUAAAACCCAGAAAAACUCCACAGAAAAAAAACAAAAAAACCCCACAAAAGACUGACAGUUCUCCAGGAUUUUUUGUUGAUAGAACCCCCCACAGAUCAGCAGAAAAGAAGACAAACUCAGAUCCUGCUCUGCAUUAUUUUAGCAAAAGUUUAAAUAAAAGCAAGAAUCAACUAGAGAGUGAAGAAGAAAUGGAAAUACAGGUGAUAGAUGUAAGCAAAAAUAUCACAAGAACACCUGAUCUGGGUUCCAAAGCUACAAAAUCACCUUUAGAAAAGAAUAGCUCGGAUGUUAAAAAUUUUGAUAUAGAAUCUGAUGAAGAGGAAUGUUCUGUUUACGAUACAGCAAAUGAGGACACUCCAGGAGGAUUUAUUAUCGACAGGACGGCUAGGAGAUUUAUUAAUUCACCAUCAGUGUCGGAUAGAAGUGCUGCUGAGAGUCCUGUGAUUGAUUACGUUGGCAGUGGCAAAAACCUGGAACAUGAAGAAGAUAUGGAGAUCCAAUUGGUUGAGGUAAAAGGAGGUUUGAUAAGUAGCACAGAGCUUUCACCAAAGAAACUGAAACUAUCCCCUAAGAAGGAGAACUCUCCUGUUAAACAAUCACCCAGGGUAGAGAACUCAACCAUCAAGCAGUCUUUCAAGAAAGAUAACUCUCCUGUUAAAGCAUCUCCCAAUAAACAAGCACUGAAGGUAGAUAACUCUCCCAGUAAACAAUCUUUUAAGAUAGAUAACUCUCCUGUUAAACGAUCACCCAUGAUGGUUGGUUCUCCUGUUAAUCAGUCCCCCAAGAAACAAAAUUCACCUCUAAAACGUUCACCAUCACCUAAAAAAGUUGUCACUACUAAAAAAAUAACCAUUGGAGACUCUUCAGAAUCCUCUUCUGAAAUUGAUGAAACAAUUAUUUCUUUGACAAAGGACAUUUCAAACUCCUUGAAACGGUUUAAAGCAAACACAAGUAGUGAAUGCAGCGAAGAUAUACAUGUUGAGUCAUCAACUCCAUCUAAACAAGAUUCCGAUGAAGAGUGUAGUUCUCCUAGAAAAUUAACUAUUGUAGUUGCCAGUGACUCCGAUGAUGGUGAAACAGAGGCUUCACAAGCCAAACGUGAUAAAUUAUCAGGUAAUAAAAAUGUUGAUCACAGCCAAGAUAACAUAGCUGUAUCUGAUGAUGAAUCUGGACAAGAUUCUUGUGUGGAGGUAAAUUCUCCAAAAAAGAUUACCCAAAAAAUUACCAGCGUCUCAAAUGAUAAUAUUGUUUCUCCCACUAAAGGGGGUGGUGUUUCAUGUAAAAAGGUUGAUCGCCCAGAAAGUGGGAGUGAUAAUCCUCCAGAUAAAACCCCGAAACCUGUAACAGAAGAUUAUAUCAGUAAAAUGAUAACCGAGAUCAGAUUGAAUGUUUCUUCAGCACAGAGAGAAGAAACGAAUACCCAAUCAAAUAUUAGAACUAGACUUCGGACAAAAUCCGAGUCUAAAGCUGAAACACCCGCCAGCAGUGAUCUAACUGUGAUUAAACCGAAGGCACAGGAGAAAAAAGCAGAAGUUUCAUUGAGAGACUGGCUGCUCAAGCCUCCUAGCACUCCUGAUCUAACAUCUAACAGACAGAUUGAAGUGAAGUCCGAACCAAGGCAGAAACGCCACACACCAUCAACGGAUAGUAAGAUGGAUGUACAAAAGCAGAGUACUGGACAAGAUAUUAGUCCAGAGAAAACCCAGACAAAAAAAGCAACUCCAAAAAGAACGGCAAGAAAAACACCUGACCAGGAAUCUUCCUCCAGAAAAAGGAAGUCACUUACCCAGUCAGUACUAACUAGAAAUACAGCAACUCCUAACGUAUCUCCUAAUGCUGAGAAAACUCCAAAAAUGAAAUCUACACCCAAAGGAUCAUCUAGAAAAGGAUCUGAAGAUACAAGCAGUUGUAGUAUCCAGGAUUCACUGCACAGGAAAGAUAAAUCUCCUGUACAAGCUAUUGACACUAGCACAGUUACUUCCCCUAAACCUUCUAUGAUAGAGAGUUCUCCAAAAAUAAAUAAAACUCCUAAACGAUCUGCUAGAAAUAAUUCUGGAUUAAGCUCUGCAGAUGAAACCCAUCCAGGUCAAGUAGUAAUGAAAGCUAAAUCACCAAUAAAGACUCCAGUUCAAGUAGAAUUGAAAGCUAAAUCAUCAGUAGUAAAGACUCCAGUUCAAGUAGAAAUGAAAGCUAAAUCAUCAGUAGUAAAGACUCCAGUUCAAGUAGAAAUGAAAGCUAAAUCACCAGUAAAGACUCCAGUUCAAGUAGAAAUGAAAGCUAAAUCACCAGUAAAGACUCCAGUUCAAGUAGAAAUGAAAGCUAAAUCACCAGUAAAGACUCCAGUUCAAGUAGAAUUGAAAGCUAAAUCACCAAUAAAGAUCCCUGAUGAAUCACCCUCCAACCACAAAGUCAAACCCACAAGGACUGAAGAUGUGUUUGGUGAGCCCCUCAAAACAUAUUCUCUGAAAGACAGAGCAGCAGGGAAAAAGAACACACCCAGGCAGGUCACUGACCUCAAUCUGUCAGCACCAGGCCCUUCUUUGAAAGACUCGCCUGACAUGGACUCUGAUUCUAGCACCAGUACGACAGCAUCAAACCAGUCAGCCUUAAGAAAAACUUAUUUUCUCAGGGGUUCUCAAAAAGGAUCUCCACAAAAGCAUCCGUGUUCAACAUGUCAACCUGAGCAGGCCUGCAGUAAUACGGAUCAUUGUACACCUAAAGGAAAGGGACAAACUUUAACACCAUCACAGAACAGGAAAAGCACACCAAGCACUAGGACUUCAAAAUCUGGCAAAAAACUUUUUACACAGGAGCGUAGCACUCCAGCAUCAGAACGAAGGAAAUCUCUAAGACUGGCAUCCAAUCCCAGCUAAUCAACAGAUACAAGUGCAAUGAGUUCUUCAGUUUCAUGUACCAAUUUUACUAUUAAAAUAAAAGCCACUUGUAACAGA